AUGGCUAAUGACAUCAAGGAUCAGAUAAAGUCUAGUCCUUUUUUCGCUUUGCAAAUGGACGAAAGUACUGCUAGCAUAUUUUCGCUUUUAUACGAUAAUCAAAUGAAAGAAGAAUUUCUAUUUUGUGAACCUCUUACUUCUUCAACAACAUCAGUUGAAAUAUUUAAUAAAGUCAACAAUUUUAUUGUAAAACACGGCUUUGAUUGGCUGAAGUGCGUAGGUAUAUGUUCCGAUGGAGCACGCGCAAUGACGGGGAAAUACGGUGGUGUGGUAACCAGAAUUAAAGAAGUAGCACCAGAUUGUGUUUUUAUUCAUUGCAGCAUAAAUAGACAAGCUUUGGCAGCUAAGGAGAUGCCAGAUGAAUUAGGAUUCGCUCUUGAUGAUGCAAUGCUGUUUCGGAUUUUGUGUUCAGAAACGGGAAGUAUUCAUGAUAAUCUGCGUUUACAUACAGAAGUUAGAUGGUUGUCGAGAGAAUUGCCAACCAAUUUAAAUGCAGCCGAUCAAGAAAAAUUGAUUGAAUUAUCAUGCGAUGGCGAACUAAAAAUGGAAUUUAAGGUUUCUGAUCUCGGUGAAUUUUGGGCAAGGAGAGUUUCUGAAUACCCUUCCCUGGCGAAACAGGCUUUAGAAUAUUUUAUGCCUUUUCCCACGACGUAUUUGUGCGAAAAAGGGUUUUCUUCAAUGUUGUAUAUUAAAAGUACAUACAGGAAUAAACUUGAUUUAGAACCCGAUUUAUCUAAUGUUGAACCUAAUAUUGAUAAGUUGUCUAAAAAUAUGCAACAACAUCCUUCUCACUAA